GCGACCCAGGGCUACCGGCCGAUGGAUGUGCUCCGCACGCACGCGUGCGCUGGCGCGCCCUGAACGGGAGCCGGCCUCCGUACGCAUGGGGAAUGCCCGCUUCUACACUCCCCGUUCCGUGGCGCAUCCCCUCUUUUCCCCUCCCUCUCAUCCGCGUAAGUCCACACGCCCUCCUCUCGCCUCCCGAACCACCCAGUCGCCCGCCUGCCCGCAUCCUUCCGUCCACUUUCUUCCUCCCGCCCUCCCACACAGCCACACAGCCACACGCCCCGUUUGCGACCUGCCGAGGCACCCUCGCACCCGCCCGCGUGUCAUUCAGCGCCUGCCUCCGCCCUCUCCCCGCCGAGCCACGCGAUCGUCUCCGGUCCCCUUCUGCCCCUCCCCCCGCAACCAUGAGCAACAACUGCCGCAUGUACCAGAACAAGUACCCCGCGGUCGAUGACCUCGUCAUGGUCAACGUCCGCCAGAUCGCCGACAUGGGCGCCUACGUGGAGCUGCUCGAGUAUGACAACCGCGAGGGCAUGAUCCUCCUGUCGGAGCUGUCCCGCCGGCGCAUUCGCUCCGUGCAGAAGCUCGUGCGCGUUGGCCGCCGCGAGGUGGUCGUUGUCCUGCGUGUCGACCAGGACAAGGGCUACAUUGAUCUUUCCAAGCGCCGUGUCACCCCGGAGGACGUCGUCAAGUGCGAGGAGCGCUACAACAAGUCCAAGGAGGUCCACAGCAUCCUGCGCCACGUCGCCGAGAAGCUCCAGGUCAACCUGGAGUCUCUGUACGAGCUGAUCGGCUGGCCCCUGUACACCACGCACGGCCACGCCUACGACGCCUUCAAGAUGGCCAUCCUCGAGCCCUCCAUCAUCACCGAGGCCUUCGAGGAGAACUUCGCGCGUCUGUCCGCCGAGCAGUCCCCCCACGUCCAGGGGCUGCCCGAGAAGAGCGUCAUCCUCGAUGAGCUGGCCGCCAUCGUCGGCCGCCGCAUGACCCCGCAGCCGGUGAAGCUGCGCGCCGAUCUGGAUCUCACCUGCUUCGGCCCCAAGGGCAUCGAUGCCAUCAUCGAGGCCAUCAAGAUCGGUGAGCGUGAGUCCACCCAGGUCGAGGGGGAGCAGGUUGACAUCAAGAUCAAGCUCAUUGCCGCCCCGAUGUACGUCAUGACCGCCCAGUCCAUCAACAAGAACGAGGGCAUCCGGCUGAUGGAGGAGGCCAUCACCAAGAUGACCGAGGCCAUCAAGGCGGAGGAGCGCGGGAACCUGGUCAUCCGCAUGCGCCCCCGCGCCAUCAACGUCGAGGACGAGCGCCAGCUGGCCGAGCUCAUGCUUGCCGCCGAGAAGGAGCAGGCCGACACCGACGACUCCAGCGACUCCGACUAAAUAUACACAUACCGUCGCUGCCGCGCGGCAGUAUCAUGUCCUCCUGUCCUGUCCCCCACAGUGUC